AUGGCCUUCGACAAUGAAAGCUUUGACACCAUCGACAUCUCGUCUGGCGAGGAGACCGAGAAAUGCCAACUGCCUCGAGUUUAUGGAGCUUGCUACGCCGCCAGGUGCCGCUUGCUAGCCGAGGUGCCUAUGGCCCAUGAGCUGUUUUGGCUGAAGCGGCAGGCGCGACGAGCAGUCCUCAAGCGUCUAGCCAAGGAAGCUGCGGAAUUCGGGCCGGCACUGCGUCGAAAGGCGGCAGAACUGCGGGCGAGCGCGGCACGACAGCGACUGCAGAUGCUCCGGUCUGGGCAGGUGGAGCAGUAUGAAGCUCUUCUGUCGGAGACGAAGGACAAGCGGGUGCAGGAAGUCUUGGAAGAGACCAACCGCAUCAUGGCGGAGAUCGGGCCAGCGUCACCCAAGUUGGACGAGAAGGUCGGACAGCCACGGUCCCUGCAGCAUGGGCAAUUGAUGCCCCAUCAGCUGGCUGGACUGCGCUGGUUGGCCAGGUUGGUGGAUCAUCGGAUGAGUGGCAUCCUGGCAGAUGACAUGGGCCUUGGAAAAACUGUUCAAUCACUUUCGCUGCUCGCUUUUCUGGCCGACAGCCGCGAUCAGCAAGGGCCACACUUGGUGGUGGCGCCACUGAGCACUCUUCAAAACUGGGUUGACGAGAUCAUGCAGUGGGUCCCAAGCUUCCGCUACCUUGUCUACCGUGGCAGUGAGCGGAACCUAUCUGCUGCCGAGAAGGCCAUAAUGUCGCCAGACCAGAAUCACAACAUCAACCUGGUUCUCACUACCUAUGAGACUGUGGCAAGCCGCUUCACAUUCCUGGGCCACUAUCCUUGGUAUUGCGUUGUCGUGGACGAGGGACACCGCAUCAAGAACUUCCAUGCUCGCAGCAGCCAGGCGGUGAGGCGCCUGCCGUGUCAGCACCGCUUGCUUUUGACUGGAACGCCGAUCCAGAACUCACUGCGAGAACUUUGGAGCCUCUUGUCCUUCGUGGCUCCGGCCGCCUUCAACUCCCUGGAGAACUUUGAGCAGUGGUUUGCUUUGCCGCCCCCGCCGUCUGUCCGCCUGGGAGCCGAGGCGGAGGAGGCCGAGGUGAGCCAGCUGCUCUCUGAAGAGGAGGAGCUGCUGAUCAUCCAGCGCCUGCACAAGGUGCUUCGCCCCUUCCUCCUCAGGAGGACGAAGGAACAGGUCCUCACGGACCUUCCACCCAAGACAGAGGCAGUGAUCUGGGUUCCACUGUCGUCUUGGCAGAAGGUACUGUAUCGGAAGGGCCUCCGCACAAUCCAGCGCGUGGCAGGCACGGCAAAGUUGAGUUCGGGCGGCGUGUCCGCCAGUGCCACGUCGGGAAUGGCCUUGCGAAAGGCUGUGAAUCACCCUUACCACUACCUGAGCAAGAAGGCGGCAUUGGGCCGGCCAGUGGAGGAGCUGAUCCGAGCUUCGGGAAAGCUUGAGUUCUUGGACCGGUUCCUGCCGAGGCUGGUGAAGCUGGGUCACAAGAUUCUUAUCUUUGCACAGCUGCGGACAUCCCUGGACUUCCUUGAGAGGCUGUUGGAGCACCAGGGCCUUAAGUUCUCGCGCAUCGACGGGUCCACACCCUCGGCGAGGCGUGGGGAGGCCGUUAGCAAUUUCAGACGCGAUGCCUCGAUCACUGUUAUGCUUCUAACAACGCAAGCUGGUGGCUUGGGCCUGAACUUGCAAGCUGCGGACACUGUGAUCCUGUUCGACAGUGACUGGAAUCCACAGUCCGACCUUCAAGCCUGCGAUCGUGCGCAUCGGAUUGGCCAGACCCGGCCUGUGCUCGCCGUGCGCCUCAUGACGCCCACGGCCAUGGACCGGGGCCUCCUGGAGCGAAGCUCCAAGAAGCUGCAGAUGGAGAAGAAGAUCAUCCGGGCCGGACACUUCUCUGACUCCUCUGCUGAGAUGUCCAAGUCAAUGCUCAUGCAGUUGGUGAAGGAGGCACGUCAGACGAACAAGGCUGGGAGCGGCCACCGUGCCAGCAGCUUUGCAGAGAUGAAUCGACUGAUGGCCCGGUCGGACGAGGAGAUGGAAGCAUUCACUCAGCUCGAUCGCGGCCUACUAGGUGAGGCGAACGAUGCCAGCACCACGGAGGAGAUCUUGGAGAAGGCUGGACGCCUCGUUCGGAUCGACGAGGUCACAAGUCGGGAAUAUGCAAAUCUCAUGCAGAAUUGA